ACACAGUCAGAGAGAGAGAGAGAGAGAGAGAGAGAGGGAGAGAGAAAUGUUGUGAAGAAGACGAAAGUGGUAAAAGGCAAACGAAUCAAGGCAGUUGGGUUUCUGUUGGUUGGGAUUAAGGAGCGAGACUCUUGGUCAAGGAUAAGGGCUUUCUCUCUCUCUCUCUCUCCCUUUCUCUCUCCACUGCAUAUUCAUCAUUGGCUCCGCCACCAUCGCCUCCGAUGCCGGCGCCGGAUUUCGGUUCCGGGAAAUGUCUGCGCCUCCUUCUGCAAAUCUCAUCGCUAUCGCCCCCUUGCCGGAGUUCGAUGUGUUUCUGCCCCCAUUUAACUCAUUUAGUUCUUGAUCAAAGCUACGACAAUCUUUCAUACCAGGAAUCGAUGUAUUUAUUAAAACCCUAGUUAGGCAAAAAAGGAAUUAGGUAAAGUUACCCUCAUCCCACUCAGUGGUGUAUAGGAUACUCAAUGAAAGCUCUGCGGAGAACUCAAACUUCGUCGUCAUCUAAUCCCAACUCCAAUUCUUCUUCUCCUUCCUCGUCUUGGGUUCACUUGCGUUCUGUUUUAGUGGUUGUCAGCUCCUCCUCGCCAUCUUCAAGUUCUUCCUCUGAUCGGACUCGUCUCAAAUCACCAUGGUCGCGCAGAAAAAGAAAACAUGCGCUUUCUCCUCGACAAUGGAAAACUGUGUUUAAUCCCGAUGGGAAACUCCGAGAUAGUGGAAUUAAGUUUCUAAAAAAAGUUCGCAGUGGAGGUGUUGAUUCAAGUAUUCGGGCAGAGGUUUGGCCUUUCCUUCUUGGAGUCUAUGACCUCAAGAGUUCUAAAGAGGAAAGGGAUAUUAUAAAGACUCAAAAAAGGAAGGAAUAUGAAAAACUCCGUAAACGAUGCAGGCGGUUAAUAAAACGUAGGAAUGAAAGCUCUAAAUGGAACGAAUUUGGGGACAUGAUUGAUGUUGGGGAAGAUGGCUUUCUUGUGCGAGACGUAGAUUCUCCUAGUUCUGAAGAUGUGGUUAGUGCUCGAGAGUCCCUUUCUAGUGAAGAAAGGUGCUCCAAUGUUGACUUUUUGAAUGAACCCUUCAACUCUUUGUUGGAAGGGGAGGGGAGUUCAAGACGGAUGACAGCCGAUGGUUCUUUGGUACUGAAUUCGGACUCCUCUGACUCAGAAUCCUCAGAUGACUUGGAUGUUAGUCAAGCUUUUCCCUCCACGGAUGGAAUGGAAGAACCUUUUCCCGAUCCGAUGCCUAAGGAAAAUUCUUCUCCAUCUAGGGCCGAGAUCUCAUCAUCAGAACUCCAUAGUGGUGAAGAUUUUGCAACAUGGCAGCGGAUUAUUCGACUUGAUGCACUUCGUUCUAACUCAGAAUGGGUACCAUAUUUGUCAUCUCAAGCAAUGGUUUCAGAUGGCAGAGCUCGGCGGUGUGCCGAGGCUGUUGGUUUAGUUGAUUAUGACCAUCUAGAACCUUGCAUGAUUUUCCAUGCUGCAAGACUAGUAGCAAUUCUUGAAGCAUAUGCUCUCUAUGACCCUGAAAUUGGUUAUUGUCAAGGCAUGAGCGACCUACUCUCUCCUAUUAUUACUGUGAUUCCAGAGGAUCAUGAAGCAUUCUGGUGUUUUGUUGGUUUCAUGCGCAAAGCUCGUCACAACUUUAGGCUCGAUGAGGUUGGGAUUAGAAGGCAAUUAAGUAUAGUCUCUAAGAUUAUUAAGUGCAAGGACCCGCACCUUUACAAGCACCUGGAGAAACUUCAAGCGGAGGAUUGCUUUUUCGUUUAUCGGAUGGUCGUGGUGCUAUUCAGAAGGGAAUUAACAUUUGAACAGACGCUAUGUCUGUGGGAAGUGAUAUGGGCUGAUCAAGCAGCCAUAAGGGCUGGAAUGGGGAAGUCUGCAUGGAGCAGGAUAAGGCAACGAGCUCCACCAACAGAUGAUUUAUUGCUUUAUGCCAUCGCUGCUUCUGUGCUGCAAAGAAGAAAACUGAUCAUAGAGAAGUAUAAUAGCAUGGAUGAAAUUCUGAGGGAAUGUAAUAGCAUGGCUGGACACCUCGACGUGUGGAAGCUUCUAGACGGUGCCCAUAAUUUGGUGGUAACCUUACACGACAAGAUAGAGACAUCCUUCCAGUAAGUGAAGGGUCUAUUUCCAUUUUCUUUUCCAUUCUAGUUUUUGCUAACUUGUGGGUGGCUGUUGAGCUCCUGAAAGUGUGGAACUUAGGCCAUUUCGUUAUGCUGUCUCGGAUGAGUGCAGCUUACAAUGAAAAGCUCAGAAGUUAGAAGAAUUGCUGUUUUGGUCAGGGCAGCAUGCUAUAAAACCUCGAAAGGUAUGAUGACAUGAUAGCAACAGGGGUUCAUUCAAACGAUGAAGAAACCAUGUUGGCUUUUGGGUCUGAAAUUUAUACAAGGUGGGUUGGUGGUGAGAAGAUGAUGAAUCAGUGAAUUUUGUGUGGGAUGAUUCAUAUAUUUAGAAUUGAGCCGAAUCAAAUGAUUCUUGUAAACACCCGUUUUCGUAUCAAAACUUCUUAUUGAGUCGCCAUUCCUCUGUUGUGGACAUGUUGCUUUGCUUUGUGGUAUAAGUUAUAUGAACUUCUGACCUAUUUGUCUCUUCAAUUCAUCAUUCAUAAAUGUAUCAUUUGGAUUGGACGGCUUCAA